CUGUUAUUUUCUGUUUUUCAGGAAACCUUGCAAACGCACUCACUGAAUUGUUCCUGCGAACUGUGCAUGCCAGGGUUAAAAGACUUGGAGAAUCAGAAGAACGAUGACGAGUGUUUCAUCUGUAAAAGAGAAGAAGGAGAAGAGUUGGUGGUGUGUGAUAUAUGCCCUCUCUCUUUCCAUCAGAAAUGUCACCUCCCUCCUGUCGACAUCAUUUUAGGGGACAAAAGCCGCUGGAUGUGUACCUUCUGUGAAUUCAGAACAGCUCAGAAGUGGAUGUUCAGGGAAGAAAUGGAAAGGGAAGCAGCAAUGUCCGAACAGAUAUCACAACACAUGAAGAGGUGCCAGUACCUUCUCCUGUAUCUGUGCAGUGCUGAUGAGGAACAACAUUUUGCUACAAAUCCAAGCCUCUAUUUGAAAGACUACUCCACCAUCAUCCAAAUGCCCAUGUGGACUGGAAAAGUGACUGACAAACUCCAGAACAACCUCUACCAAACUGUUGGGAGUUUGUGUCUGACGUUCAGCUCAUAUUUACCAACAGUGCUUUUUACAACCUAAAGAAUGAUGGAUUCCUAACCAUGAGCAACAAACUGAAGGAGUUAUUUGACAGUGAACUCAAGAAGGUGUUCAACAUACGUGAAGAGAGUAAUGACUGAUGAACGGUGUUUAGUUCACACACUCAGGUACUGGGAGAAAAAUAGAUC